GAAAAUCUAUUCAGAGGAUCUGAUACGGAUGGUGUGAGGGCCGGCUUCAAAUCCGAAAUUGUGUUCUGGUUGGCAGCGUAGUUUUGCGCUUGAACGGCCCAAAAUUCCUCUCUAAUAACAACUCGUCAAAAUCCACAUGUCUGCCAACAACCCAUAGAAAUUGAUUUUCAUCCCUCUUGAGAAUUGUGAUUUUGAUUCAAUAAACUUUUUAAUCCAUGGCUUCUCGUCGACGUAUGCUUUUAAAGGUCAUCAUUCUUGGAGAUAGUGGGGUUGGCAAGACAUCUCUCAUGAAUCAGUAUGUGAAUCGGAAGUUUAGUAAUCAGUACAAGGCAACCAUAGGAGCAGAUUUCUUGACCAAGGAAAUCCAGUUUGAGGAUAGGUUGUUCACAUUGCAGAUAUGGGACACUGCUGGGCAAGAAAGGUUUCAAAGUCUUGGUGUGGCUUUCUACCGAGGUGCUGACUGCUGUGUCCUUGUGUCUGAUGUAAAUGUUAUGAAAUCAUUUGAUAGUCUCAAUAAUUGGCGUGAAGAGUUUCUGAUUCAGGCUAGUCCACCUGAUCCUGAAAACUUUCCCUUUGUUGUAUUGGGGAACAAGAUAGAUGUUGAUGGUGGCAACAGCCGGGUGGUUUCUGAAAAGAAAGCAAAGGCAUGGUGUGCUUCUAAGGGAAACAUUCCAUAUUUUGAGACAUCUGCGAAAGAGGGAUUCAAUGUGGAUGCUGCUUUUCAAUGCAUAGCUAAAAAUGCACUCAAGAAUGAACCUGAAGAAGAAAUAUACCUUCCUGACACCAUCGACGUUGCUGGUGGGGGAAUGCAACAGCGAUCUACUGGAUGCGAAUGUUAAGAGAAUGCUUGGUGGUUCUAUUUAUUUCUUUGGCUCCAAUAUACAUAUUUCUUUAUGCAGUGCUAUUUGUUUAGUAGUGUAUCAUAUGUGGGUCAGAAAACAGUCGUAGUAUUCUCGUUGGUUUCCUUUAUCCUUAUAUUUUUUUUCCGGCAGUUCAUAUUUUUUUCCCGAGAUUUUCAUGUAUUACGUCCAUGUAUUGCAUCCCGGACAGUGUUGGAUUGAUUUCAAGUUUUAAGUCCUGAAGAGGAACUGUGUUUUUUUUAGUUCUCUUGUGACUUCUUGUUAAAAGUGUUGUAGAAACUCUCUUCCUUUAAUGGACAGGGAACUUUUUAUUA